AUGUUUCUACUCCUGGUGCUACUCAGCCAACUGCCCGUAGUUACAUUCGCGUUUCCUCAUUGCACAAGAAGUCCCUCGGAGGAGUCUAGGCAUGCGAGAGAAGAAGUAUUUACAUCAAAAGAAGAAGCAAACCUGUUCAUACAUAGACACCUCCUAUAUAAUAGAUUUGAUUUGGAGCUCUUCACUCCCGGUGACCUAGAAAGAGAAUGCAUAGAAGAACUUUGUAAUUAUGAGGAAGCCAGAGAGAUAUUUGUGGAUGAAGAUAAAACGAUGAAAUUUUGGCAAGAAUAUUCAGUUAGAGGACCAACCACAAAAUCAGAUACUAACAGAGAGAAAAUCGACGUUAUGGGCCUUCUGACUGGAUUAAUUGCUGCUGGAGUAUUUUUGGUUAUUUUGGGAUUAGCUGGUUACUAUCUUUGUAUCACCAAGUGUCACAGGCAACAAUAUCCAGGUUCUUCAGACAUCUACGUAAGAAGGGGCAGGCACACUCCUUCCAUCAUCUUCAGAAGACCAGAGGAGGCUGUCUUGUCUCCAUCGCCACCUUCAUUGGAAGAUACAGGAUUACCUUCUUAUGAACAGGCAGUGGCAUUGACCAGAAAACAGAGUGUUUCACCACCACCACCUUAUCCCGGGCUGGCAAAUGAUUUUAGGGUAUUUAAAAAGUCUAUGUCACUCCCAUCUCACUAA